UGGCUUUGUUCGUUGCUGUACAUGUUGCUCUUGCACUAAAUAAUUACUGAAGUUUGCAUGGGGUAAAUACUAUUUAGCAAAUAUCUCAGUGAAGUUUGCAGUUGCAUUAUGUGAUCUUAAAUGCUGUCCAUUUUGUGUUAUACCACGUGCUCUGGGCUUGUAAAAACAAAUAAUAAGAAAUGCAUUUAUUUAUUUAUUAAAAUAAAAUGUCCAUCACAUCCUAAGGUGCAUUGGUGAUUUCGCCAUCCUUCCUGUCUAUCGCACCAUUUGUGAAAUGUGUUUUUUUUUUUUUUUUUUAAAAAUGCUGCGAGAGUUAUAUAAACAGACUGCAAAAGGAAGGUGUGCGCCCGGAAGUGCUUCUUUGGGAUCUUCCGGUCUGGUGCUUGUUUUCUCGCCUGCCCUUAUUUUUCAAAUCACUGCUAGUUGUGUGUAAUCUGAGAGAAUUUUUUAUCAGCAUUAUUUUAGGGCUUCCAAGGUUUCGUUUUAUUUAUUUGUUUGUUUAUUUAUUUAUUUAUUUAAGCACUCAGUUUGAUCAGCUUUAUAUCUUUUACAUUUUUAUAUAUUUUUAAAGGGUAAUUUACCAGUAAAACAAAAAUCAAUUGUUGUAUUUGGAAAACCUGUUAAAGAAAGAUUUCUCAGAGAAAUAACAAAAAUACGACACUAAGCAACAAAUUAGAAACAGAAUCACUGAAGACAUCACAAAUACUUCAAUAUAAAAACAUUUAAUGAGUUUUCCUUUAGGUCACAUGCCAUAAUAUCCCAGAUUGUUUGAUUGACAAGCUGUCGCAAGAUAAACGCAUUAUUGUGCACGUCUAUCUGAUGUAACUAGUAAGUGUUUGAGAGGGCUGGGUAUCGAUGAGAAACUGGCAGAGGCGAAGAUUUGUUAAAAAAGGAAGGCAACUGGUGUAUUUUUCCUUAAAUAAAUGUUUAACUGCCGCAGGGCACCACGAUCUCUGGUUUGAUUCUGAGCUCUGGUUACUGUCUCUGUGGUGUUUCCCAUGUACUUCCUGUGUCUGGGUUUCCUCCCACUUCCCAAUAACAUGCAGGUGGACUGGCAAAUCUACAUUGCCCCUAGCUGUGAAUGUGUGUGUGUCCUGUGAUGCGUCCCAUCCAGGGUGUAUUCCUGCCGGACACCCAGUGUUCCCAGGAUGGGCGCCAUAUCCAUCACAACCCUGACCAGGAUAAAAAGCUGCCAUGUCUGUGACGUUCAAGUCAGAGGCUGAACCGAUAGAUAUAACCAGUGCAGCUCACCGUAAGGCUGAAGGAAAGCAGCUCAAAAAGCCUCUGAAAUCCCUGGUGGAGCCGCUGCUGCUGGCGCCACAGCUGCUCGCUGGGCUGGGGCAGUAUGUAUGCAGUGUGUGCGGUGACACGUUUGGGUCGCUGGCACAGUUGGCCAGACACGUGCAGUUCCACGAUCGCGACCGGCCGUUCCCGUGUGCUGUUUGUGGCAAGCGUUUCCUGAGCCGCAGCCACCACGACGAGCACCAGCGAGUGCACACAGGAGAGCGGCCCUUCCCCUGCGACCGCUGCGAACGCUCCUUCACCACCCACCACAACCGCAAACGCCACCAGUUGAUCCACGACAAGGAGGAGGCAUACCGCUGCACUGUGUGCGGCGUGCUCUUCUGCCAGGACCACCAGCUCGGCAAUCUCAGCGGCAUCAUCCGCGUGCUCAAGCAGCACGAAAACACGAAACCAGGGCGCGUUAUGGGAAUCAAAACCAAGAUCAAGCUCGAACCAAAUUCUACAAACGAACAGGAGAAAAACAUCAAGAAGAAGAAAAAGCAUAAGCGUCAACAUUUUGAAGAAGACUAUUCCCAUUUUGCUGAAGAAGAAGAUAGCAGAAUGUCAUUCCACGCUGACGUCUCACAGGUUCCUUACAAUAAAGAGGCACAUUUUCCUGAAGCAUUGCACAGAGCAACUCCAAGGAUAAAGAAGAUUGCCUAUGACAUGGAGGUUAUUCUGUAAGCCACAGGUUCCUGAAGUAUUCCCUGUCCUCCAUAUUUUAGUGUUUUCUCUGCUUUCAACACACCUACAUAGCUAACCCCUAACCCUAACCCUGAGUUGAACUGAAUGUGUCAGAGGAGCGAAACACUAAUGUGCAGGACAGGCAGUUCUCCAGGACCAGAGUUGGGAAGAGGUACUGUAAACCAUCCCCUGAUGAUGCAGUAGUGUGAAAUGGGGAUUGUGUGGUGCAUCGUAGCACUCUAAAAUAGGAUGAAAACAGUAAUUAGUGCAAAAGCAGGAUAAACAUUUAGCUGUAUCAUUGUUUUUUGAUUGUACUGAAACAAACUAACGUUUAUAAAAUACUACAACGCUGUGACACAAAUAGAAAUGAAUUGACUGGUUGGACAAUUCGUUGUGUUUUUUUUUUUUUUUUUUUUUUUUCCCAGAUUGUAUUUUUGUGACAACACUGAUCAUUUUGCUUUCACACUUAUGAACUUUGUGUUUGCUUUUCCUUUUGACACUUUUUUUUUUCUUACAUAUAUGAAAUGGACCUAAUUCCUCCUACAUAAUUAUGGUGCAUGAUACACUAGUGUAUUUAGUUACAUUGAAUAAUUAUAUCUAACACAAAAUUCCUUAUUCAGCUACUGUGUUCGAUAUGCCAAGGGUGCCAUGUGCGGUAUCUUCUUUUUCUUCUUCCAUCUUGUAGACCUCUGACUUGUGGGGUAAGAGAAAUCAAAAUAAAUUUAGUUUAUAUGA